GCCCAGUCUGGUCAUCUCUUCAACUCCCGACUCCAGAAGGAACAGAAGAAAAGUCGACAUGCGUGUGUUUGUGGUCGUCGCUCUGGCCGUCCUGGCCCUGACUGAGUCCGCCCCUUCCAAGCAGAAGAAAGGCUUGGGAGGAACGCUGGUAGCGGAACUUCAGAAGCUGGAGGCCGCCAAGGCUAAGGAGGAGGCUGCGGGCGCGGGGCAGAAGAAACGCGAAGAAGGUGAUGACUAUGGUCUCCCAGACGUGGAGAUCGCCUUUGACGGGAGCGGUUAUGCCUUCCUGGGGGCCCGUCUGGAGCCCUACGCCGCUGUCUGGCUGGUGACGGCUGCCGAGGAAUCUGACGGCUGGAUUGCGGAGGGAGUAAACAUCUACCACAUGGGGGCGUUCUUCUUUGAGGGGAGGGACGACUGGAUGAUGGGAUACCUCAUGUCAACUGACGAGGCUAUCGCCGCUGUGGCCUGCCUGUACGGAGCUGACCCACCACCAUGCUCUUACGAUGGAACUGGAUGCGACAUUUCAGCCUACCUCGCCACCCUUGCCGGCAGGGACGACCUGGCCAUCUCCGGGUACGGCAUGUCCAUGGUGGACGCCAUCCCCAUGGUCGGAGCGAACAUCGACGAGAAUGGUGUGAUCGACGAAGCUGGUGUGCAUGCGGCUGCUGCGGAGAAGGGCGAGUACCACGAGGGACACCUGGUGCUGUACGAUGACGCCGUGGCCGGAGUGUCCGAGGCUCUCGGCGUUGACUCCCCGAUACCGGAGAAGAAGGAGGUGGCCAAGAAGAAGAGCACAGAGAUUGCCGAAGUGCUGCAGAAGCUCCGUGAGUACGUCCGCGACCUCAACAACCGGAAGUAGAAACCUGGACUGACCCCUGACCCGGAACUGAUUGGAGAAUAGACAUAGACAUCAACACCUGUCUCUCAUCAUUUUUUUGAGAAGGAUUUUCGACUCUGAUAAAUGGAUUACGAAUAGUGAAAUCUCCGAUCUUUUGAAUUGAUUAGAAAUUGUAAUAUUUUAGAUGAAUUUUUUUUUUCUUAGCUGUACAUACUGCAGCAAAUUGACUCUCCUCUAUCUCUACCAUUGCGAAUUGUACCACCUACCAGAGUGCAUGAUACUUCGCUGAUACUUGAAAUUUGAUAUUUUCUUUAUCUUUCACUAGAAAUAAAAAAGCAUCUCACUGCAAA